AUGGCCUCGAGCGGUGAGUCGCCGCGAAGCGUCAUGCACGGCGACGGGAUUGUCGUGCUCUCGACGCACAAAGCGUCGGCAAAAGAGCAGGCGCGCAACGCCGAGCGGCUCAAGAGCCUGCUCAGCGAGCCGCACAACAAGCAGUGCUUCGAGUGUGAGGGCGACGUCGAGUUCCGGACGGCGUGGGCGUCCGUCUCGAUCGGAGUAUUCAUCUGCGCCGGAUGCUCGGGGCUGCAUCGCUCUCUGGGUACGCACAUCUCCCGCGUCAAGAGCUGCGCCGCUGACGACUGGAACGACGACUGGGUCGACAACAUGGAGUCGUGGGGAAACAAACGCGCUUCUCUCUUCUGGGAGUGGCGGCCACCGGCUAGGCGGCCGACGCCCGCAGACGGCCGCAACCAGAGCCGACGCAUGCGCGAGUUUGUCGCUGCAAAGUACAUGCGCCGCGCCUUUUCUGCCGCAGGCGAGGCGCACGAGUGGCGGGUUGCCGACCCGCUCCCGCUCGAGAAUGGGUGGGCUCGGUAUGCGGACGAGUUUGGCCGUCACUACUUUCACCACACCCCGUCGGACGAGACGACGUGGGAGCUCCCCGACGCUGCGCGCCCCCCGCCCUGCUUGCCCGUGCUCGUCCGGACCGGCGCCAGGGGCUGGCUCGAGAAGAAGUCGGGCGGGCACGAGGAGCGCGGCAAGAUGAAGCUACUACAAAAGUGGGACCGGAGGUACUUCGUGCUGCCCGCGGGCGGCGCCGAGCUCUCCUACUACAAGACGGAGGACGACGCGGCGCGCGGCGAGCACCCAGCCGGCUCGCUCCGCUGCGACGGUGCGGAGGUCUUCCUCAAGGAGGUGCGCGACGACGGCGUCCACCGCUUCACCAUCAAGACGCGCGAGCGCGAGCUCAAGCUCCGCAGCUCCAAGAGGGAGUUCGAGACGUGGGCGAGCGCGCUCGAGCCCAUCGCAGCGGAAGUGGACGAUGCGCCGCGCGCGGGAUAG